AAGAAGCAAAGCUCUGAGUUUAAAAAAAAAGAAAAGAAACACAGCUCUUGCAAAAAAAAAACUUUUGCAGUGCAGACUGAAACACGAAUUAGUACGGUUUAGCAGGUUAACCUAAACCGGAAACGGUUUAAAAAAUAAAGAGCGCUAAACGAUGUCGUGUUAACCCUUCAUCACGCCAUGUCACGUGGCGCGCAUUCUGAGAAGGAUAGGAACAGUUAAGACCCGACUCAAACCGACCCGACCCGACACGACCUCUAUCAUGAGAGUUUCAAUCUCGUCAUCUCCGUUUAAUAUUUGUGUAGGAUUCUAAUGUUUGAUCACAUCGAUUCUGUUUGAUCUCGAAUCUUGUAAUGGUUGGUGAAGUAGACUCGAACGAUCCACAAACCUUCGUUGACGGAGGAGGAGAGGUAGUUCCUGUGAACGUCAGGUGCUCCAACGGCUCCAAAUUCAUCGUGAGAACGAGCCUUGAAUCAACCGUAGAGUCUUUCAAAGCUCUGGUAGCUCAGAACUACGACGUACCAGCUAACCACCAGCGCUUGAUCUACAAGGGACGCAUCCUCAAGGAUGAUCACACGCUCCUUAGCUAUGGCUUACAGGCGGAUCACGCUCUUCAUAUGGUUCGAGGCUCUGCACCUCCUGCGAGCCAAACUACUACUGCACCUAGUGUUACUCGAGGGGUUGCCUCAAACACUGGAGGAGAAUCUUUGUUUGGAUUUAAUCCUUUAGGUAGUGGAAAUGCUAUGCCUCGUGGGAUGUUUGGAGCUGCUGGACUUCCGAAUCUCGAGCGAGCACAGCAGCAGCUAGCUCAGAACCCAAACAUGGUUAGAGAUAUGAUGAACGCACCAGCCAUUCAGAAUAUUAUGAACAACCCUGAACUUAUGAGGACUUUGAUAAUGAGCAACCUUCAGAUGCGCGAGCUUGUGGAUUGCAACCCUGAGCUUGGACAUAUACUCAACGACCCGAGCGUCCUUAGGCAGAGCUUGGAAGCUGCGGGGAACCCUGAGCUUAUGCGUGAGAUGACGCGGAGUACUGAUAGGGCGAUGAGUAAUAUUGAAGCUACUCCUGAGGGGUUUAACAUGCUUAGGAGGAUGUAUGAGAAUGUCCAGGAACCGUUGAUGAACGCUACAACAAACAAUGCCGGUUCUAAUCUGUUUGCUACUACUCUCUUGGGGAAUCAGGGAGCUGCUUCUUACAAUCCCAUGACGACCAAUGGUGGAACAGGCACAGUGAAUCCUGUGCCGAAUGCAAAUCCACUUCCAAAUCCUUGGGGUGCUGCAGGUGGUCAGACAACUACGGCUGGAAGGACCAAUUCAGGUGGGGAUACUAGAGCCCCUGGCCUUGGUGGACUAGGCAUGCUAGGUGGGGAUCCAACGGUUGGUGCUACACCAGAUGCCUCUCAAAUGAACCAGUUUCUGCAAAAUCCAGCCAUGUCACAGAUGAUGCAGAGCUUACUUUCCAAUCCACAAUAUAUGAAUCAGAUCAUGAGUCUAAACCCACAACUCCAAAGCUUGAUGGAUUCAAGUCCUCAGGUGAGGGAGAUGAUGCAGAAUCCGGAGUUCCUUCGUAUGCUUAGCUCCCCAGAGACAAUGCAGCAAAUGAUGAGUCUGCAGCAAUCACUGUUAUCUGGAAAUAGGAGUACGACCACAGGUAAUAACGGAGGGCUGGAUUCAUUGAUGAGUAUUUUUGGCAGUCUUGGUGCUGGUGGUGGCUUGAGUGGUGCGAACCAGUCUAAUGUAGUACCUCCUGAGGAGCUAUACGCCACACAAUUGCAACAACUAGAGGAAAUGGGAUUCUUUGACAGAGCAGAGAACAUUAGAGCGUUGCGUGCAACCAACGGCAACGUUAACGCUGCUGUAGAAAGACUCUUGGCGAGUAUGGGCCAGUGACUUCUCACACAAUCAACCUCAAAAAAACUUUUUCUAACUUUCCCUUCCAAUGUAUAGACACUCUUUGACUAACUUCUUUUUGAUAUUGUUAUUUGGUCUGGGAAAUGUCGAUUUAUUAUACUUUUUUGGUUGGAUUUUAAAAAAAAAAGGAAAUUUAAUUUGAACA